CCUUUGUACCUUACAUAUGCUCCACGACGCCAUAGCCAGUGCUAGAUCAUCAACUCCCUCGUUUCAUCAUCUCUAUCCUAAUUUCUUUGUCUCCAUUUUUUUUUUUUUUUUUUUUUUUUUUUCCUCUUUCGCCCGGCCAUAACUUGUUGCUGUAUGUGAUCGAGCGAUGCCUACAUAUGUGGUUUCAAGCCAGCACGGUGUGUCAUCACCGCCCUUUUUAUGAACACAGCUGGUGGCGGUAGCAGGGAGGAGAGCUUUGUUAGAUUGGUGAGAGAAGAAUUGCAAUCGAUGUAUCGAGGUUCUUGAAGAAAUUGCGGGAGAAUUUGGACAGACAUAUUUUUUUGUUUAGGUCAGGUUGCGGUUGAAAAGUCAGAGUAGUGGAGGUGGCUUUGCAUGUUGUAAGGUUUGGAGGAAUUGGCUCUCAGUUCAAGAGAUGGAUAGGCCGCCGGAAGGAGGAGAUGGAGCGGAAGCGGAGGGGCUUCGAGCGUCAGUGGUGCAGCUGUUUCAAGAGGAUAUUGUCCAAAGUUUGGCAAAUCCAGGACGGAUUGGGAUGGUGACGAGGGUUGGAGGGGAUUCGUCGGAUUCAGAUUCGUCGGACAGUGAGGAUGAGGCAGAAGACGACCAUGAUCGUACUCUUGCGGAAGGCUCCGCUCGCAUUGUGUGGAUUGAUUCUCAGGAGUCAGUAGAAAAGGUGGCGGACUUGCAGGUGGUGGACAGGGCGUUCAUGCAUGGCGAUAUUGUGGCGUUGGCGUCCGAUCCAUUGGGGCAGACGGGGACAGUUAUGGACGUUGACAUGGCGGUUGAUCUGGAGACAUCCAACAAGGAAGUAGUGAAGAACAUCGACAGCCGGCUUCUUCGUCGAGUGCGUGCAUUAUCACCUGGGGAUAAUGUCAUUCGCGGCCACUGGCUUGGUCGGGUGGAGGAAGUAAUAGACAAUGUGACGGUGUUGUUUGAUGAUGGAAGCAAAUGUAAAGUACAGCAUGCGGAACCGAGUCGUUUGGUUCCGAGUAGUGAAAGCUUGAUGGAUGAUACCGAAUCGCCAUACUAUCCAGGGCAACGAGUUCGGGCUGCUUCGACUGGGAUUUUUAAAACCGCGAAAUGGUUGCGGGGCGUCUAUAAAGCGAACAGGAUGGAAGGGACUGUAUCAGAGGUUGAAGCCGGUCUGGUGAUUGUAUACUGGAUCGCUGUUUCAGCUCUCCAUUCUUCCGCAGUCCCUUCGGAGGAGCAAGAUCCUCGCGACCUUGUACCAAUGACAUAUUUCACUCAUACAAAUUGGCAAAUUGGAGAUCGUGCCAUUCUUCCCCAAACUUCAAAGGUGUCUGCUGCAGACGCUGGAGGAAUAUCAAGUGCCGCCUCUGAAGUAGGUGCUUUGGAUGUGCGCAAUGGAGAGUCUUCAUCUUUGGAGGGCUCCUCUGAAAACAUAGGACAUAAUGCGGUCGAGUUGACUGGCUCGACGGAAGGAGUAGUUGAUGAGGUAGCUGAGGAAACUGCUGAUGAGGUUGCUGCUUCUAAACAACGUAAGAUUGGCAAGCUUAGAAAGGUAUCAAGGAAAGAAAAGAAAGCAUCAAGAAAGGACAAACACUUGGAGAAGGCUGCUUUGGUUGUGAAUACUAGAACAUCUGUGGAUAUAUUGUGGCAGGAUGGCAGUAAAUCUUCUAAAGUUGAUUCAUGUUCUCUAGUUCCAAUUGAGCAUGUUGGUGAUCAUGAUUUUUGGCCGGAGCAGUACGUGCUAGAGCAAGGCCCAGAUGGUGAUGAUCUUGACAAUGAAGUGCGUCGUGUAGGCAUUUUGAAAAGUGUUGAUGCAAAACAACGCACGGCAGUUGUUCGAUGGUUAAAGCCAGUUGCACGUCCAGAGGAGCUUCGAGAAUUUGGCGAAGAAGAAACUGUUAGCGUGUAUGAGCUUAUUGGACAUCCAGAUUAUGCUUACUGUUUAGGGGAUGUUGUGAUUCGUCUUGCUCCUGCACCGAGUGGUGUAUUUGAGUCAGAAUCAUAUGAAUCCGACGCAUCAAGUGUGGAAGAUGCUGAGGAUCAUGACCUUGAUGUCUCUGAGAAAGGAAAAGAUCAUGUAAAGGCUCAGACGUUAAGGAAGAAAUCAGAGGACCUUGCUGGAGAGAUUCUGGAUUUGUCAUGGGUUGGGAUCAUCAUAGGCCUUCAAGAUGGAGAUAUUGAGGUCCAUUGGGCGAAUGGCUUGGUUUCAAAGGUCGGACCUCAAGCAGUAUUUGUAGUGACUCGUGAUGAGGACGAUAUGUCGUCUGCUCACACAAGUGAUCUUGAGGAUGAGAAUGACGGUGAUGAUGGUGCCAGCUGGACAACUGUAGACUCUGCUGAAGAGCGCGCUCGUGAGUUGGAAUUAGGUUUGGAACCGGCAAACGAAGAUGAUGAACCGAGAAGGGAUGCAAGACCUGCUCAAGAAACUGUAGAUGAUGAUCUCAACAAUCCGAACCCUCCACUUUUCAAGGGUCCCAUUGCAGCAGCUAUUGGACUUGUGUCUCGGAUGGCUAAUGGGCUCCUUGGACUUAGGGGGAACAACAGGGAUUUAGCACAUAUUCGGAAUGGUCAAGGUCGUCUACCUUCAAAGCACGGAUUGGAAGAGAUUCUUGAUGAUGCUGACUGUGGGAGCUCAAGGGAUUCUCGUUAUGUGGUUGAUCGUCUCCGGAAAAGGGAUACCACCUCUUGUAUUACUGCAGUAUCUGAAGAGGAUGGGAGACCUACUUCAAGCGAACAAGAGGGUGAAAGUCAAGCUGCUGCAAAGGAUGAAAUUGAUGGGUGUGCAGAAUCAAAUGAACAAACUGAUUCCGACCUUGGCAGUCGCUUAGAGAAGACGAACAUUUCACAACGCUCCACAUCAGAAGUAGAUACAACACAAGACAACGGAUCUUACUUACGUACAAGCUCAGAACCAGGUUCUGGUACGAGGGUUUUAAUGUUUGAGAACAUCAAACACUUUGACAUCGUCUCUGAUCCUUCUGACCACCACUAUAUUACUGAGACUGCCCAGGCGACCAGUCAACGCAGAUGGGCAAGGAAAAUUCAAAGCGAGUGGAGUAUUCUUGAAAAGAAUCUUCCUGAUACAAUAUAUGUGCGGGUCUACGAGGAGCGAAUGGAUUUAUUGAGGGCUGUGAUACUUGGUGCACCUGGUACUCCAUACCACGAUGGGUUAUUCGUUUUCGACUUGUACCUGCCUCCGGAGUAUCCUCAUACACCUCCUCAAGCGUAUUAUCACUCUGGAGGAUUGAGGUUAAACCCAAAUCUUUACGAAAAUGGGAAAGUGUGCCUCAGCCUCCUUAACACCUGGACUGGAAAGGGAACAGAAGUGUGGGACCCUCAGGAAUCAAGUAUUCUCCAAGUUUUAGUAUCGAUUCAAGGCUUGGUACUCAACACAAAGCCUUACUUCAACGAAGCCGGUUAUGAUCGACAAGUUGGGACCUUGGAAGGGGAGAAAAACUCCGUUGUGUACAACGAAAAUUCAUUUCUAUUGUCUCUCAAGUCGAUGCUUUACCUUAUUCGCCGACCACCGAUGCACUUUGAAGAUCUUAUUCGGAAAAAUUUUAAGCUUAAGGGUGCUAGUUUGCUGCGGUCUUGUGAGGCUUACUUACAAGGGGCACCGGUGGGAUCACUGGUAGAGAACAAAAACACCUCCACACUAGCUGACACUGAACUGGUUGGGGCUGACAAAAGUUCUGCUGGGUUUAAACUGAUGUUGAAGAAACUUGUGGUGAAGCUCGAAGAGGCAUUUAAGGAGCUAGGAGUUGAAUACGAUGAAUCAUUAUGACGACGGGUUUGUAAUCAAACAGAAGUCACCAUUACAGGGGUAUUGUGAAAUUGAGGAAAGCUUCCCUUGAGAUUCUCAGAUGUUCAGAUGCAUACCCCAUUGAACACUAUGUUCAUGAAGGUUUUCCUUGCGCCGCCACAUCUCCUUGGGCAGAGUUGGUAAUCAGCACAGGGUGGAGUUAGACAUCUCUUUGCAGGACUAGGGUCUUACUUUUUCUAGGACACGCACACCUUUAGUCGGUCUCUCUUGUUGAGAAAUAAAUUUCUCUUCGUAGUAAUUAGAUUUUCACCUGGUCGCGAAACUUAGUGUUGUACUGAAUUGUUCUCGAAUGGUACUCAAAUUGGGAGUAUACAUCGUCUAUCAUUAGUGGGCUCUAACUACGACUGUGUGCCAAAGACUUACAGGUGCCAUUGGUUUUUGGGGUUCUCAGAUUCACCUAUAUCCGUCAACACUAUUGUCUUUCAUUUGAA